CAGGAGGCGGCCGCGGCAACAAAGGCAGGGGAGAGAGGGAGGGCUGGUGUUGGCCGGCGUUGCCUGCGCGCGGGGCGCUCCCCUGCCUGCGCGCCCCGCUCUGCCCUAGUCCUGCAGCCCCCGGCGGUGAGGGCCGCUCGGCAGCCGCGCCGGGCCCGGGCUGCGCCGGCGGGAUCGCAAAUGAAGUGCGAGAACUGCACCAAGAAGGAAUGCAGUAAAAAGCAGAAAAAUGAUGAUACACAAAGUACAUCUGUUGAUGGGUUGAGUUCGAGUGAUGACGUUGAAGAGAAAAAUGAGUCUCGUACAUUGGCUGAUGCUAAAAUACUCCUUAGCGACUGCCUAGCUUGUGACAACUGUAUGACGUCAGAAGAAGGAGCCAGAGUUUUCCAACAGAAUCAGAAGGAGCUCUUUCGUGUUUUGAACCUUAAUAAGAAGUGUGAUACCUCAAAACACAAAGUGGUGGCAGUGUCUAUAUGCCCUCAGUCAUUGCCUUAUUUUGCUGCUAAAUUCAACCUCUCAGUGAAUGAUGCAGCCAAGAGACUCUGUGGUUUCCUCAAAAGUCUGGGGGUGCAUUAUGUAUUUGACACCACUGUAGCUGCUGAUUUCAGUAUCCUGGAGAGCCAAAGGGAAUUUGUGCAGCGGUACCAACAGAGGAACCAGGAGGAGCAUGCCUUACCAAUGUUUGCUUCUGCUUGCCCUGGUUGGAUCCGGUAUGCUGAAAGGGUACUUACCAACCUCGUGACCUCCCACAUUUGCACUGCAAAGUCUCCACAGCAGAUCAUGGGCUCUCUGGUGAAGGGCUACUUUGCCAGGCAGCAGAACUUGUCUCCUGAUAAAAUUUUCCAUGUGAUUGUGGCACCUUGUUACGACAGAAAACUGGAAGCCUUGCGAGAAGAUUUCUACACUGCCUUGAGUAAUUCCCAAGAAGUUGAUUGUGUCCUGACAUCAGGUGAAAUAGUCCAAAUAAUGGAACAGAAAAAUGUGUCUUUGGAAGAUGUGACUGCAGUAGCUGUGGAUAGCUUGUUUGAUGAAAUAAAAGAGGGAGAUGUGGUAAGACACGACGGGAAGAGAUCUGAUGGUUACCUGGAGCACAUUUUUAAACAUGCUGCAAAAGAGCUUUUUGGUAUGGAUGUCAAGGAGAUCACCUACAAAGCAUUAAAGAACAAGGACUUUCAAGAAGUGACCCUUGAAAAGGAUGGUGAGACAGUGUUGCGUUUUGCAGCAGCUUAUGGCUUCAGAAACAUCCAAAACAUGGUGCUGAAGUUGAAAAAAGGAAAGUUUUUGUACCAUUUUGUGGAAGUCCUUGCCUGCCCAGGAGGGUGCCUGAAUGGAAAAGGUCAGGCUCAAAGUGAAGAUGGGAAACCAGAUAAAGCACUGCUUAACCAGAUGGAAGAAGUGUAUGCUGCAAUACCCGUCAGGCUUCCAGAAACCAACGUGCAUGUAAAAAAGAUGUACCAGGACUGGCUGGAAGGCAUGGACUCUAAGAAGGUCCAGGAAACUUUGCACACCAAAUACAGUGCAGGAAAUCAAACAGCAAGUAAUCUGGAUAUCAAAUGGUAGUAAAUGAAACUUGCAAAAGAUUUGCUGAGGUUAAUGAGAGAUUCAGCACUGGAAACAUUCUAUGCAAUCGCAGAUGCUAUGCACUAGCCGAGUGUGUGAGUGAGACACUUCCUCCUUGUGGAUUCUUACUGGUCAAGAACCAUUGCAUUUUACAAAGAGAAGUCUCUGAAAGGCCUGGUUCCUGCCAUUGUCUAUAACUUUUACUGUGUAUAAUCUUCUGCAUAUAAUGCAUUUCUUAUUCAAGAAGGUGAUCUUGCAAGGUACAUAAACACUUUCUGCCAGGGGCAGGUAGUGCAAUUCCUGAUGAAGUUGCUCCCUGAAGUUGAAGGGUUCACUUCACACAGUGGGCUCCCUCAACAAAGCAAGAUUAUUUUAGUCCUACUACUAGAUAUACAGUCCCUUUCAGCCUGGGAAAACCAUCCUCAUGAACUUCAGUGGUGUUGCAGUUGUGAAGUACCCUGGGAUUGACUUGCCCUGUUAAUAAAACAACCCCAUCGCAGGGGCACGUGUGUAUAUGGAGAGGAGUAAUGAAUGUAGGUGUGUCUUCUCUCCAUGGCUUGAAAAAAAACUAUUCAGUUCCAAGCUAGCCACCACUCCUUACUGAUGUAACAUUUUGUUAAGGAGGAGGAUGCUACAUAUAAAUGGAACUUGGGAAACUAAUACCAAAUGGUUCUAAUGCAGCCCUUCAUUAAGAAUAGUUCCAAAUAGGGUGAUUGGUACAAAGAGAACUUUCCUACUAAGUUUUCUUACAAACUUGCAGCUAGGGAUAGUGGUGCUGCUUCCUUUGUCAAGCCUCUGUAGGAGAGUGAAACAUGCAAAUACACUGUCAGUGAGCACAGGCAUGCCCCAGCUUUGCUCUACUGGCUGAGCCAGACUUACAGCAGUGAUUCUCUCAUCUUUCAGUGCACAGAAUACCACCAUCUUCUUUCAUUUAUCUCCACACUGACAGACUUGUGCAAAAAUACCUUAAUGGAGUGCCUCUUAAAAAAUACUUAGUGAUGCUUAUAAGCUCAGCACAGCUACUACACAUUGUCAUCAUAGAUUUAGGUGCUUUUCUUGGUUUUUUUUCCUGAAGUAUGCUCUAGAGGUUUCAUUUCACAGGCAUCUUGAAGUGGUAUUUGCAUGCAAGCUUUUCUGCAGCUUCAGGAGUUGGCAGAGGGUUGUUCAAGAGUGUGGCAGACAAAAUGAGAAACUACUGCUAAACUUCUUUAGAUUUUCCUGGUAGCAUCAACUUUGUUCCCAUGCUUUGAAGCUGGCAAAGGUUCACCUUCCCUGUUCCAGUCCGAAAGUGUGGAUGGGCUGUUUUUAAUGAUUUCAGGCAGUUUGAGUGGGUCAUCAUGUCAAUGUCUGAGUGUUACAACCCUGUGUAUGAGUAAGAUCUGAUACUGCAAAAACCUGUGUGUUUGAAAUCCACCUGUAACCUGAACACAGUAGCUGGGAUCAAGACACCAGUGAAAUUAGUGCAAGUUCUUGCCUUGCCUAGACAACAGAGACAGGAACCUAAGUAUGUUCCCCUGAUGACAAGUUCUCCUAAUGGGGAGCUGUUAAUAGCAUUCCAGCUUCCAAUUGGACUUCCACUUAAACAACAGAGCAUUUCACUUGGAGGGAUGUUGUCUUUCAGGUGCAAAUGAAUUUGAUUGCCGUGCUAACUAAAUGCACACAAUGAGAUUAUACCCAUAAAUUAACCUCUGCAAGCUGUUCCUUGGUAUAAAAACAUUAUCCUAACUUGGUGCAAUAGCAGAACAUCUACAGAAAUCUACCUCUGUACAGGAAGGGAGUCCAGAAACUGUGGGAAGACUUGUGUAUAGCUGAAAGUGUAAUAAAUGUCUGAUAAAGAUGGUGGUGGUGCAUGACAUUUCUGAACAGGUUGCUUCUAGAAGCAACAUUCAGCUCCUUUGGUCUGAUUUUCUUUUAUCUAUCAUCAUUUCCUUAAAGAAAAACUCCCUUCAGCUGAAUUAUCUUGUAACAAAGUGCUUUUGUUCUGUUUGUAUAGGCACAUGUUUCUGUGUAUAUAUGGUUUGUAGCUUGGUGGCAUGUUUAAAUUUUACUGCUUCAGGCUGUGGUAGAGUAUGCUGAUUCUUUUGUAUGUACAGUGGCUACAGUAGUAUGAACAAUUGUUUCCUUUUCUGAUGAAUUCUUCAGUAAACUACCCAAGAGCUGCCUUGCUGUUCUGACAGGAUAUUCUCAACCUGUUUGUACAGCUUGAAAACUCCUCAUCUUGUGUACCUGUUCCCCCUGGCCAUGAUACUUGCCUGGGGCACUGAAGAGCCUCACUUCUCUGUAAGUGUGUAAAGGGAAAAGGUUGCUCAGUGCACAAAUAGAAACUAUUUCAGUUGAAUCCAGCAUUUCUUCCAUCUACUGAAGUGUUUUAGCCUCUUGAGAUAGUAGCAAUGUGAAAAGCUAGGUUAGUCUGCCACCAUGUUGUUUUUGGAGGUGAGGAAAGCGUCUUACCUGGGUAGCUUGUAGGGGCUAGGUGGAGUGGAUGUGUUACCACUAGUGACUGCUUGUCUUCUGUGUCAGCUUUUGUUUUAUAGGGGUUUUUUUGGAGUAAAGCUGAUUUUAAGUUUUUAAAGCCCUUUAAAGUGCCAGUUUAAAAUAAGACAUCCCUUAGCUAUGAGUCCCAGACUCACAGGGUGAAGGGGUUGGAAGGGAACUCCUCCACCUUGCUCCACUGAAAUUGUAAUGUAUAUUAUAAGACCUUGUUGCAGCUUUUUAUAUACUGAAAUACCUGCCUCAGAUUUGCUUCUGGGUUUCAGAUGUGCAGGUGGGAAGUCUGUCACUGUUGACAAUGUGUGUCUCCAGACACGCUUUCUGAAGCUACAGCAGUGUUUAUUUCCUUGGUAUGACUUUGGCAACAAAUAGUUUUCACUGCUAUUGCCUUUUCAUCAACAGGAGAAGUUCCCAGUGCAGUCACAGCCAUAGUGCUUUACUCUCACUUGAAUGUUGUGCUGAGACUGUCCUGUCUCUUAGGUGAUUUUUAGGAAAUGCUGAAUUGGAGGGAUGGCAGGAAAGUCACUGCUAAUGUUAAAUGACUUGGAAAACUGGCUUGGGGUGUUACUGACUCGAGCAUAUCGAGUGUUUGAUAUCCUGGGGUGUAGUACUUCAUUCUGAGAUGGCUACAAGGGAUGUGCAUUUUGAAGUACUUUUGCUUCUCCAGUAAGUUUGCCUCAGCCAUGGCACCUAGAGUUAGUGAGCAGGGACAGAUACGGGCUCAGAUUAUCACUUACAACAACAGAUCUGUGUGCAGCAGCCUGAGCUGGUUUAUACUGGGAUAAAUGUUCAGUUACCUAAAGUUUGGUGCUUUGUAUUCAAGUGGAGCAUGACCAUGCAUUGUCCUGAAUAAAUCUUGAUACUGGUA